CGCAUGUCUGGUCCGGGCAGUCUGACUCCCGCACCCACUCCUCCUCCUCCCUCCGCACCAACUCCCGCCGCCCGCACCCACGCCCCGCACCCGAUGUCGCGCCCUGUCGCCGAGGACGCCCUCAUGGACGACGAGGGCAGCGCCGCGAGCAGCCGCAGCAGCAACGCCGGCGACGACGACCUCCUCCAGGACGACUCGGACCGCGACCCGGUCCAGUCGGCCAACGAGGACAGCAUGCUCCUCGAGAGGGACGAGCACGCGACGACCCCGUCUCGCCCUCGCCCCGCCCUCGCCCCCACCUCGUCCUCCGCCUCUCACCUCCCCUCGCCUCCCGGCCCCUCGGCUCGCCGCAGCUCUGCCCGCACCUUUGCGCGCUCGACCCCGGGCGGCGGCGGGCGCAACACGCGCCUCGAGCGUGCGUCGGCCGCGUUCGUCGAGGGCGGCGCCAGCGCGUUCGAGCGCGAGAGGGAGAGGCUGAGCGGCCGUGGUGGCGGGAGCGCGGCGGACGAGGCGAGGAGUGCGGAGGAGUGCGCGUGGAACAAGGUGCUCGACAAGGAGUACGCGGGCAAGAUCACCUACGACCCGUUCCUCCACCAGCUCAACAUGGACGCUCGCCAGGCCUCGAGCGCUGCUGCCGCCGCCGCCACAUCGUCGAACGGCACCGCCGGAGCUCCCUCGGCGCCCGCUGCAGCCGCUUCGACACCCUCGGCAGCCACCGCAGCAGCUUCGACCGCCUGAGCAGCCCCUCCCUCUCCUCGUUCCCUCGCAACCCUUCCUCGCACCCCUCGCAAGACCCGCUUUCUCUCUGUGCCCCUCUCGUCGUACCUCCUCCUUUCCUGUACAACCCUCCUUCUCCUCGAGCUCUCGAUGGGCCGCCUACAACGCGCUCAACGUACCGCA